GUUGGCCCCACCUUGCACGAUCCAAUUCUUGAAGUUCAAGAUCUGACGUAGCGGCCGUGGGCGCAACAACGCCGCAGACACCGCCGAGCAUCCCCCGAUUCCGCAUGGCUCGAUCGAUAUGGCUCGCGGGGUGGAUGGUGCUGGUGUCGGUUGCCACCGCGGCGGAACUCCCGUGCACGCCAAAGGAUGUCCAGCCCAUCGUGCCGUUCUAUUCCAAGUGCAAAGCCGAAUCGCAGCUCAACUUGACCAACCCAUCGGACGCGGCCAACAUGUGCACGUUUCCAGCGUGCCGCGCGUACGUCCGGUCGUUUGCCCUCUUGAAUUGCACGAGCGAUGGGCGAUCCAACAAAGUCGCUGCCCACAUUUGCGAUCCGUUUACACCUCGGCUCGUGGACACGUCGCCUGCGCCGACCAAAGUGGACCAGCCGCCGUGCACAAUGGACGACUUGCGCCCCCUCACAUUGAUCCAAGUCAAGUGCGCAUCGCUGUCCAACAUCCCAUCGAUCGCCAACUUGACGAAUGCGACCGCGUUGGCAACGUACUGCAGCAUUCCCACAUGCGCGGCGAGUGCGAAGCAGCAUGCGACUCUCAUGUGCACCAUCAACGGCGCCCCUGCUAGCGCAUUUGCCACACUUUGCAACAACGCGACGACUGCGUCGACCGCGCCGGUGGCGCUUCCCAUGACAACGGCAUCGACCACCGUCAACGAGUGCACGGCUACGUCACUCCCUGCGGACCUCGUGGCAGCUCAGAAUACCUGCCUUCGUGUCGCGGGACUCAUAGCGCCGCCUACAACCAACAUCAUCAUGGACUCGCUGUGCCAAUAUUCUGAAUGCACCCGAAUGUUUGCCUUGUACGGGUCGCUGACGUGCAUGCUGAACGACGAGCCGGCAUCACUCGUCGCCCAGACCUGCGUCGGGACCAAGGCCCCAACAUCCACGGUGGCGAGUCCUCUGCCCGCGCCAUCCCCUGCGCCAACCCCCGUCCUCUCCUUCAUGGCAACGCUCGGGAUGUUAGUUGCAGCUGUCAUGCUCAUGUAGUUGUGCCAACCGCUAACCCAUUUCGACAUCCCA